AUGAUACAUAGACCAUGUGGAGAAGCAAAUAUCACCAGUCCAUGUAUGGAAAAUGGAAUUUGUACAAAGUCUUUUCCAAAGGAGUUUGCUGAGAAAACAAAAAUAAAUAAGGAUGGCUAUCCAUCUUACAGAAGAAGCAAGAAUGGUAGCUGUAAUAUCAAAGGGUACAAUGGUACUAAUGCAAAUGUUGUGCCUUAUAAUAAGUACCUGCUUGCUAAGUUUAACUGCCAUAUUAAUGUCGAAGUUUGUACUUCUAUAAAAUCAGUCAAGUACAUAUUUAAAUAUAUUUACAAAGGAUAUGAUUGUGCAGAAAUACAAAUUACAGACAAUAAUGAGAUCGAUCAAUACAUUAAUUCUAGAUAUGUCUCUGCACCUGAAGCUAUGUGGAGACUGAUGGAAUAUAAGAUGCAUGAUAGGUCUCACAAGAUCAAUAGACUUCCGGUACAUCUUCCAAGAGAACAGAUGGUGGUAUUUAAAGAAGGUAGGGAAGAAGAAGCUGUUAGAAAUUCUGAUUUGCAACAAAUUCAGCUUCUUGCUUGGUUCAAGCUAAAUGAGGAAGAUCCAGCAGCAAGAGAUUACUUCUACAGUGAGAUACCUCUUCAUUAUACUUAUGUCAAAGGAGUAUGGAAAAAAAGGAGAAAUGCAUACAGUAAAAUAAUAACAAGACUGUAUGCUGUUCCUCCUUCUUACAAGGAAAGAUUUUUCUUGAGACUUCUCCUCUUAAAUGUUAAAGGAGCAACAUCAUUUGAAGAUCUUAGAACAUUUAAUGGUGUUGUAUAUCCUUCAUUUGAGGAGGCUGUAGAGGAGAGAAGACUACUUAUAAAUGAUAAUGAGUGGGAUAGGGUAUUAGAAGAAGCAGCUAAUACUCAACCACCUGUUAGCAUAAGACAUUUGUUUGGAUAUAUCUGUGCAUUCAAUCAGCUAAGCAGUCCUCUAUUACUCUUCGAAAAAUAUUAUGAAGACAUGAUAGAGGAUUUCAAAGAGAUAGAUAAUGCAAAAGAUAGAUUAUUAUCUAUCAUUAAGGAUAUAGUAAACUCACAUGGUUGA